UUGCCUUAUGAGUUUGACGAAAAAUAUGACGAAUUAUUCUCAAUUUUGAGCUUUUAAUUUUACUCUACAAAUUUACAAUUACGUGUGCAUAAUUAUUAUCAGAUAUCCCAGCGGCAUUAUAUCCGAUUGGUUUCGGCAAAGGAAAUAAAAAUGCUCCUUUGUCUCCCUUUUUCGGACAGUCAGUCGAUCGAGUUGGUCGAAAGAUCGAGCGGUGAGAUAAGUAAGCGAAUCGCCUGCUUCCCGAUCCGCAACGGGAUGAUCGGCCGGCGAGAAGUGCGUGAAAGGUAACGUGGGCGGGUGGAACUUAUUGCGGUGGGUAGGCCACAUCGAGAGAUAGAGAGAGAGUGUACGACAGAGAUGAACAGCGUGCCGGUCUCUCUGAUCGUGCGCGUGACAAAGAGGCUGAAGAACCGUAAUGGCGCAAGUGAGAGCGAGAGAGCGCGGAAGACUAACGAUGAAACGAAGCGUGAAGAUGUUACGGGUGAAAGAGUGAGGGAGAAAGGAUGGAAAAGUAGUCCUGUUGUCGGGCGUGUGACGAACGACACUCGAAUGUGGUUAAGCUAAGUGUGUGCACCUGAGAGGGAUAGAAUGUCACGCGGGACGUUUUAUGUGCGUGCAGCGUAUAUGUGUGAGUGUGUGAAGAUGAUUGUGCGUGCGUGAUUGUGAAGUUUUCGGCGGAUGGUCGGGGAAAAAAGGACGAUGAGAAAGCACACGUGUUGUUGAGGAAGGGAGAGAUCGGGAUGGCAGAACGAGUGUAGGAAACAUAGAUCGUGUUAGGCUGUGAAACGUGAUGAUGAAAAGGAAGAAAGAGAGAAGAAGCGAGAGGAAAAGCUGUGUUUCCGAAAAAGAAAUGACAUCUUAUUGAUGGAGUAUCGAUAGAAUGAGAGAUAGAGAGAUGUCCUCAUGAAUGCUUAUUGUAAUGUUGCGUGAAAAUGCGUGGAUGUCGAAGAAGGGUUGAAAUUGAAUGGAUAGAACCACUCGAAUUCAGGCAGGGUGGAGAGCUUUGCAGAAUGCGGUUCCUCGAUUUUCCUCGACUGGGACCGGAAUUGAUGCGAUGAUUUCAUCACGUUAUCUAAUGAGAGACGAUAUUCGCGUUUAGAAGAGCACGAUGAGAGGUGGUGCUGGUGAUGGUCCAAACACAAUUGCUGUUCCCGCUUCGGCGUCCGUUAAUUUUUUGACAACCGAGGAUAGCAUGAGCGACGACGUAUUCGAAAUGGACGACGAUCGCUCUUCCACUGUCACGAAUGUCAUUUCCGGAGGUCUCACGCCCGCAACUAUAGAGCGAUCCUUCGAGAAGACACCCUCACCUACCGGAUACCGCGAUUAUAAGCCACCUGCCGAGGUACUGAGUAACAACUACAGCACGACUUUUAAGACAACGAGCGACUUCGAUAGCGUAAGAAGCGCUUUGAAGAAGGACCAGGAGAGAGACGAUAAUUUCGCGCACAAGACAAUCCUCCUCGGUGAUAGCGGGGUUGGCAAGACUUCGUUAUUGGUCCAGUUUGAUACCGGAAGAUUUCAGCCAGGAAACUUUGCGGCCACCGUGGGUAUCGGUUUUACGAACAAAGUUGUCACCGUCGACGACACGCCGAUCAAGCUGCAGAUAUGGGACACAGCCGGCCAGGAAAGGUUCCGAAGCGUGACGCAUGCUUAUUACCGAGACGCACAUGCGCUUUUGCUGCUGUACGACGUGACGAAUAAGACGAGUUAUGACAACAUCAGGGCUUGGCUAAGCGAAAUCCGGGAACACGCGAACGAGGAUGUCGUCAUCAUGCUGCUGGGUAACAAGUCCGAUUGUGGGACGGAGCGUGCCGUUAAGCGGGAAGACGGCGAGCGAUUAGCGCAGGAGUACAAAGUGCCGUUCAUGGAAACGUCUGCCAAGACUGGCCUCAAUGUCGAAUUGGCGUUUCUCGCCGUUGCUCGGGAGCUGAAGGCUAGAAAAAGCGACAACCCUGAUGAGACGAAAUUCAACGUUCAGGACUACGUGCGUCAGCAGUCGCAACGAAGCUCCUGCUUCAACUCCAGCUGCCUGACAACUUGAACUGCUUUUCUUUUUUACGUUAAUUAAGAGAACACGCGAACUGGAACCGCGUUGGUCGCGAGGAGAUACGGCGCGAAAUUGCCAUUGCCAGGCAUUCAUUUGAUUUCCGCGUAAAAGAGAACAUCGGUGUAACAUUCGAGAUAUAAAUUUUAUACUCGAUUCAUAGAGUAACUUUGCGAAUAAACCACAACGUAGGCGAAGCGUUUCAAGUUCAUCGGAUGAAUCGAAACCAUAGUGUGCAUCCAGUGGUCAAGAUUUUCGGGAAACACGAGGCAUUAUUUCGUUCAACAAAAAGUCAUGAAUGUUUAACGUAAACCGCAUAUGUGAUACCAAAGGCUCGAGUACGAAAUCGUUUACGCUCUUAAAAGAAUCAAGGUCAGAGAGUUGAAUUUUUUUUUUUUAGCAUAGCGUCAGAGAGAACACGGAGUUCUCGUUAAACGUAAGCAAACAUGUGUCAAUGAUUACUCGCACACGUUGUAUAUUAAUGUGAAUAGUUCUAAGAGGAUAGAAAGAGUUUCACACGCAGGAUACUCCCGUAGAUAAGGCUUUAGCUUGAUGGUUCUAAUUUCAUGUACGCUACAUCCGUGAUAUAUAUAUCUCAUUAAGCGCUCAAAGCGAUCAUUAAACGAUUGUUGAGCAUAAGUUGUAAUGUCGAUUGUCGUACACCGAUUCCGUAAUCGUUCGUUACGUUGUGCUCCAUUAGCGUUCGCUGUUCGCAACAAAGGAGCGCGAAUAAUCUUCGAUUUGCAUACAAUGUGCUUAUUACGAGUUAUAGUCCAGCGCGGUUGUUUCUUUCGCGGUGCCUGCGUGAGUGAACAAAAUGUCAAUGCAAGUUUAGUCAACGUACCAAGUAGUUGCGAAGUAGCGCGUGUCGAAAGAGAUAGAGAAGAGAGAGAGAGAGAGAGAGAGAGAGAGAGAGAGAGAGAGAGAGAAAAGUGACAUCUCGUAGGAAGAACGUUGAGAAAACGAUUCGCAGCCAUCGUCGAACGGAGUGGCGCACGAAUACGCUCAAGUUUUCCUAUGAUUAUGUCCUCCUCUUUUCUUUCGUUUUUUUUUUCUUUGUAGCCGAUGAGAAUACGUUACAGACUUCUAUACGAAUACCACUCUGAUAGUUGCUAGUUCUGAAAGACGAAAGUAAGAUAAACAAGAAGAGGGAAGCGGUCAUUUUUAACGAGUCCAAUCGUCAGCAUUGAACCAUGAAAUCUUUUUUUAGAAUAGUCGGUGUUUAUGCCAAUAUUAUUAUUUCACCAGAUAUCGUUUGCCCUUGAAUCGACUUGUGACAAACCGCGAGACUGUUGGCGAUUUAGAUAGUCUAUAGAAAUAUGUGAAGUACAUUUUGUGAUCGCUAUCAAGCUUAUGAGCAUGUUUUAUAAUCGACAAACUGAUAUUUAUGUAAUAUUAGAGAGAAAUAUUAAUGCUAAUUGGUCGAAAAGAAAAUAGUUAUCCGCGACAACAAAGGAAUCAGGAAAUUUAUCGAUUGUUAUGAUGUCAGAGUUCUAAGCAAAGUUGAGGACCGCUGUCUAUUGAAGAGUCAAUAAGCUUAAUACUGUUUAAUAAAGCUCUACCGAUGUUAUUGCGAAGAACCGUUUAAUGACUCUUGAUUUUUCUAAGCCUCUAUUUUGCGAUAGAAUUAACGGAAAGUACCAAAGACGUGCGGAUGAUAAUUUUAUAGUAAACGGAAAUCCGGGAAUUUAGAGUCGGUUUAGAUUGAAAGAUUAUAUCACGUAUGUUAUACAUCCUGAUGUAUAUGACGUGCAAUCUGUUUUACCUGCAGUGUACAAAUGACAAUUUCGUGUAUCAAAUAUAUAUCAGAAGGAAUAUAUGAAAUAAAAAUCGACCAAACAUAUAA